GUUGUUGCGGUGUUUAUGGUUCCUGCAGAACUGGAGUUCCACACUGCUGGGUUCCAAUCCGCUUCAUGGAACAGGCCGGUGGCUCCUCACUCCGACAGCCGAGAUGGAGCCUCGUCAUGGGAUCAUGAAAGCUUUUCCAAAGGUUAAACGGGCUAAAGUUCUGCAGGGGAAGGAUGUUCCUCCACUAAAGAAGAAAGCAGAUGAACUUGACAUCACAGGAAACGUCUUCGAUGGAGUCACAGUGUACCUUCUGCCUGCUGGAAUAGGAAACGCCAGAUGUGAGAUCUUCCACAGACAGAUCCGGCAAAAUGGAGGACAAAUCAAGAGUUCAAUGUCCCCCUGUGUCACUCAUGUGGUCGUUGAUGACUCCAUGGACAGUGCCAGGGCUCUGCGCCUGCUGAAGGUGGAUAGUCUGCCCUCUGGUGUCCAUCUGCUGAAAUGUACAUGGUUAAGCUUGUGUAUCAGUGAGAAGAAACUCCUGGAUGAAGAGAACUACAGCCUACUUUUACCCAAAAGGGAUUCUGAAUCACAGCAGGAAAGUCCACAAAAACAACCGGGAAGCAUUGAACAACCUCCUGAAACAACCGCAGAGCCAGAAAGUCAUUUGGCCAAGCAAGAGGAGACCAUAGACCCGACAAUCCAAGAAGCCAAAGAUGAAGCCCACAAAGAAGAAGAUGGCGUCUCUCAGAACGACCUGGAAGCUCUCAUCUCCGGUCGGAACCCUAUAGAGGAGACUCCCAAAGCCGGUGCAAACUGCGCUCCAGAUGCUGAUGCUCAGAAACCCAUAUCAGGAAAGUGGGUCUGUGCUCAGUCUUCUCAGUCCAAAAGUAAUAACUUCAACAAGCACAUCACAGACAAGCUGGAAGUCCUGUCCAAGGCCUACACUCACCAAGGAGACAAGUGGAGAGCAUUGGGCUACUCUAAGGCGGUCAACGCACUGAAGAGCUAUCACAAGCCUGUGACAUCAUAUCAGGAAGCCUGUCAGAUCCCAGGAAUAGGAAAACGCAUGGCGGACAAAAUAGAAGAAAUAAUGGAGAGUGGUCACCUGAGGAAGCUGGAUUACAUCGGAGAGGCUGUGCCUGUCUUGGAGCUUUUCACCAACAUCUGGGGAGCAGGAGCAAAGACUGCACAACUUUGGUACCAACAGGGCUUUCGCAGCCUGGAGGAUAUCCAAACAAAAGCCCACCUGAGCCACACUCAGAAAAUCGGACUUAAGCACUACGAUGACUUUCUAGACCGAAUGCCUAGAGAAGAGGCGGCAGCGAUAGAGAAAGUGGUGAGGGAUGCUGCGCACACUGUUGAUGCCAACCUCGUGGCCAUGGCAUGUGGCUCCUACCGCCGUGGGAAGGCAACGUGUGGAGAUGUGGAUGUGCUCAUUUCUCACCCUGACGGCAUUUCCCAUAGAGGAGUUUUCAGCAAAGUUUUACAGAUUCUGCAUGGCAGUGGGUUUCUAACAGAUGACCUGGUGAGCCACGAGGAGAACGGAGAGCAGAAGAAAUACAUGGGGGUGUGCCGUUUGCCGGGGCCCGGCCGCCGCCACCGCAGGCUGGACAUCAUCGUGGUGCCAUACGACGAGUUUGCUUGCUCGCUCAUGUAUUUCACUGGCUCGGCCCACUUCAACCGCUCAAUGAGAGCACUGGCAAAGACCAAAAACAUGAGCUUGUCAGAGCACUCCCUGAACAAGGAUGUGGUACGUCAAGGCAGCUUGAAGGUACACGGCGGUACCCCGCUUCCCACGCCGACAGAGAAGGAUGUCUUUAGUCUUUUAGGGAUACCAUACAGACCACCGCAAGAAAGGGACUGGUAAACGCAAGAGACUUGCUUUUAGAAAUGGAGAAAUAAUAAUUAAAUAAUGAAUUAAUGUUUUUAAUGAAAGCUGAAUCAGGAAUUAUACAAAAAGAACUGCUGUUCGCUGUUGAACAUAAUGUAAAUGGGAUGUUUUAAUUGCUAAAUUAUUUUGGAGAAUAAAAGAAUCUGAGCUGCGGCCUUUGAUGUUUUACUGUAUU